AUGAUCCUGCUUUUUCUUGCGAUGCUAGCUACGGGCAUAGCCGAAGCUUGUUACUGUAAGAAGAGAGCCAUUAUGAAUACAUGCGAUCCCGUAGUUUACAACUCUCUUUCAAGAAUGUUCUGGGCUAUUCCUCUUAUGAUUUCUGCUAUCAUCGCUGCUCUUGUUGAUUUUGCUGGAAGAAUAAGUCCUGAACCAUAUCUCUCCACCAUAGCAGCUGCGCUUCUGCCUUCCUGUAUCCUUCUAGCACACUUUCUUCUCCUGCCUGCUUAUAGAACUGCGGUUUUCUGUUGCUGCGCAAAUAAUCGUCUACAGAAUAGAAUCAUUCCUGUCUUGGUUCCACCGACCAGGCCACCUUCGACUGCAGCUCUAGUGGAUCACAGUUUGACUCCCAUCGUGAAGUGA